AUGACGAACACGACUGUCGAGCAGAAUGGCAACCCCGGUUCCGGUCCCGGGCCCGCGGAGGAUUUGGAGGGCAUGGAUGUACAGGCGAAGGCGUUGAUGCAUUUGUUGAAUACGAGUGAGGUCUUCGUGGCAAUUAUGGCGGAUAAGAUGAAGAAACAGCAGGAGGAGGCGAGGGCGGAGGCUUUGAGGGUGCAGCAGAUGCGGGAGCAGCAGGGAGGAGCUGCAACGACGGCGAAGGCAGCGAAGGCUGGUGGUAGUCCGGCGCAGCAGGUGAAUGGCGCGGGGACAACGAGGCAGACGCGGACGCGGACGCGGACGAGUGCGAGGCAGGCUGCUAAUUCUAAUUCUAAUUUGAGUGAGGGUGGGAGUGCGAAUGGCGCCGUUGAGGCGGAGGAGGAAGCUACCAAAACCAGGCGAGGGCGUGGGCGGAAGCCGGCUGCCACUGGGAACACGAUCUCGAGCUACUUCCAGAAGGCGGAUGUGAGUGUUGACCGGGAGAAGCCCACGGUCCAGGAAGCGUUGGAGCAUGCGGCGGAUGAGUACGAGGCGAACCCGACGGCCUUGGGCGGACAGGAGCUGGUCGCUACGCAGCAGCCGGAAUUGGUGACCGGGGGUCGCAUGAAGAAGUAUCAGCUGGAAGGGCUGGAGUGGCUGAAGUCGCUGUGGAUGAACGGGCUGUGUGGGAUUCUGGCCGAUGAGAUGGGGCUGGGCAAGACGGUGCAGGCGAUCUCGUUGCUGGCCUUCUUCAAGGAGAAGAAUGUCUCGGGCCCCUUUCUGAUCGCGGCCCCCUUGAGCACGGUGAGUAAUUGGGUGGAUGAAUUCGCCAAAUGGACGCCGGGCAUCAAGACGGUCUUGUAUCAUGGGACCAAGGACCAGCGUGCGGAGCUCCGGAGGAAGUUUAUGAGCAUGCGGAAUCAGAGGGAGAUGGAUUUCCCCGUGGUGUGCACCUCCUACGAGAUCUGUAUGAAUGAUCGGAAGUUCCUGGCGCAGUAUCAAUGGCGCUAUAUCAUUGUGGAUGAGGGACAUCGCCUGAAGAACAUGAACUGCAAGCUCAUCAAGGAGCUUCUCACCUACAAUUCGGCCAACAGACUACUGAUCACCGGUACCCCGCUGCAGAACAACAUCACGGAGCUCUGGUCAUUACUGCACUUCCUUCUCCCGGAGAUCUUCAACGACCUGAACAGCUUCCAGAGCUGGUUUGACUUCUCUUCCAUGUUGGAUAAGAGCGGCCAGACGGAUGUCAUGGAGCGCCGGAAACGCACCCUCGUGUCGACCAUGCACUCCAUCCUGAAGCCCUUCCUCCUGCGCCGCGUGAAAACCGAUGUCGAGACCUCCCUCCCCAAGAAGCGGGAGUACAUUCUGUACGCGCCGUUGACCAUCGAACAGAAAGACCUCUAUCGUGAGAUCCUCAAUGGCACCGGUCGGCAAUAUCUCGAGGAGAAAGCCACCGAGCGUUUGUUGGCCCAGAACGACAGAUUGUCCCGCUCGCAGAGUCUAAAGCGAAGCGCGGAGGCGAGCGAAGCGUCGUCUCCCAACAAGAGCCUCAAAUCAAGUCGUGCUUCCACCCCGGCCAGCGGAGGUCGGGCAGCAAGACGCAGCAGGGGGCCGCAGAGCUACAAGGAGCUGAGCGAUCGCGAAUUCAACACGAAGCUGCGCAAGCUCGAGCAGGGUUUGGAGGAGGAUCUUGACAUCGACGAACCCAGUGAGACCGAGCAAGAGGAAUUGGAGAGGGCCAAGACCAUCAAACUAGCCAAGCGAGAAAUCGCGCAAAAGAAGAUGCAGAACCCAGUCAUGCAAGCGCGCCUCGUCUGCAACUCGCCGCACAACUUCUACUGGCCGUGGGGCAGCAGUGACGACCCAACCGCCCUCGACGAGACCCUGGUCACGGCCUCGGGCAAGAUGCUCCUCCUCGACCGCCUCCUCCCCGCACUGUUGGGGAAAGGCCACAAAGUCCUGAUCUUCUCGCAGUUCAAAACCCAGCUGGACAUCCUCCAGGACUGGGCGACGCACCUGCGCGGCUGGCCGUGCUGCCGCAUCGACGGCGCCGUCAGCCAGGAGGACCGGCGCGCGCAGAUCAAGGCCUUCAACACCGACCCGGACUACAAGCUGUUCCUGCUGAGCACGCGCGCCGGCGGGCAGGGCAUCAACCUCGUCGCCGCCGACACGGUCAUCCUGUUCGACUCGGACUGGAACCCGCAGCAGGACCUGCAGGCCCAGGACCGCGCCCACCGCAUCGGCCAGACCAAGCCCGUCAUCGUGUACCGGCUCGCCACCAAGGGCACCGUCGAGCAGACCCUGCUCGAGAAGGCGGACUCGAAGCGCCGCCUCGAGCGUCUGGUCAUCCAGAAGGGCAAGUUCCGGAGUCUGCUGGAUUCGUCUUCCUCGGCCACCGGCGGGCUGACGCAGUCCGAGAUCGAGGAUCUGCGCAAGGCCCUCGGCGAGGACGAGUACGAGCGCUUCGAUCUGGGGACCGGCACCGGCACCGGCACCGAUGCCUCCGCCAUCCUCUCGCAGGCCGAUCUGGAUGUGCUCACUGACCGCAGUGAGGAGGCCUACGCCCGCGCCGAGAAGGGGUUGGAUGCCGGUGGUCGCGCGUUCAUGGCGGUCGAGACUAAGCGGGAUGGUAGUGGCUUGAUGGAGCAGCUUGUCACCAAGUAA